GUUCCUUAGCAACGCUGUGAAAAAACUGCGCUGACGUCCAUUCUGUUCGGGAGUAUUAUGGUCUGUCGGGAAUUCAGAGUGGCUGGGACUGGAGAAAAAUAUCUGCUCUGCUAGCGUUAGCGUCCACCCAGCUAACGGGAGGUAGCACUGGGGUAAACAUGGAGCUUUCUGCCGUCGGGGAGAGGGUGUUCGCUGCCGAGUCUAUCAUCAAACGCAGAAUCAGGAAGGGUCGCAUUGAAUACCUCGUGAAAUGGAAGGGGUGGUCUCCCAAAUACAGCACUUGGGAACCGGAGGAAAAUAUUCUGGACUCCCGCCUGUUCGCCGCUUUUGAGCAGAGGGAGCGUGAAAGGGAGCUCUACGGGCCCAAAAAGAGAGGACCAAAACCCAAGACGUUUCUGCUUAAGGCUCAGGCAAAGGUGAAGUCCAAGUCCUAUGACUUCAGGAGCGAAGCAGUCCGAGGAAUGCGCAUCACCUACCCGACCCCAGAACCAGUCGCCACCCCCAGGGCCAGAGAGGGCCUGAGAGCUGUCGUGCCCACCAUCUUUCCACCGAGUACCGUCAACCGUGGAGAAAGCGUACGCGUCCGACCACCUGAACUGAGCCCCCGUGAGCACCAUCAGUCUUUGCUUCAUCAAACUAAUUCAGAAGAACUCAUCCACAUACCUAAAAAGAGAGGUCCCAAGCCUAAGCCACGGUUUAAUGAUGGCUUCUCUGAGCACCAUAAGAGGAGAGCAGAGGAGCAGGAGAGCCAUGGCCCUCACAAACUGGCUAAGCUCCAGGGGGGCGAAGACAUGAGGCUGGUCAAACUGGCCCACAGACAUCCAGAGAACCACGGCCACAGCCAUAAACAUCAUUACCACCACCAUCACCACCACCAUCACCACACACAGCGCUCUGGGGAGAGCUCCUACAAACAGCUGUACUCAGACCGUGGCCUGCAUCCUCACAGAACAGACAUGGACACUCACAGGAUGAAGGAUGGCUCCGGCUACCUGGUACCUGCACACUUCAAGCACCACUCCAAAAUGAGUCUGAGUCGCCCCGCUGAGCUCCCCCAAAUGGAAAAGCCUUAUUUUCUGGACAGGCCAUCACCAACGCGGCUCGAUGAUGACUUGGAUGAAGUGACGUGGAGGCCGUCUCUCGGCAACGUGGAGAAAGUUCUGGUGACAGACGUGACCGCCAACUUCCUGACGGUCACCAUCAAGGAGAGCAGCACUUCUAAAGGCUUCUUCAAGGACAAAAGAUGACUGACUGACGCUCUGUUUUCUGACUUUCAGCAGAUGUACUCUGAAGUUUAUAGGACAUGGUGGGAUUAUCAAGCAAAGCAGAUUUUGUAUGUAAUGUAAAAAGGCAAAUAACAUAAUGUGCAUAUGUGUAUAUAAUAUAAAGCUGGACAUCUAUUUAAUGUAUUGACCAAAUCAAAUGAAGUCCCUUUCACAUUGUGCAAUGGUUAACAUGAGUUGCAUGUUUCCUUUGCAGCGAGUGGCUACUUUCUGUACAGAGCUUGUGACUUUUACUAUUUUGCAUUUAUAACUAACAAGAAUGUAUUUUUUCCACACGUUUCUUCCCACCUGAGCUUUGCAGCGAGGAUAUUUAAUUCAGUCUAUGGUCUGAAUAAUUCUCUUUAUUUGAACUGAUUUGACUGAAAAGUUUUGCUUGAUUUCAAAUCCUGGAAUGAUAUUUAAAAAUUAACUCAAGCACUUUGAAUUUAAAAGUAUUAGAAAAAAAACUUUAUGUUGUCUUCAAAGACCGAGUUUGCCUCGGAGUUUUCUAAAACCUAAACUAAAUUAACAAAUUCAACACACACUAAAGUUUUCCCGAAGUUAAUAUAACAUUUUUCCAUUAACAUAGUUACUAUAUUUUACAUUUUCAUAGAAAAACGAUCAUACAGCUUUGUUGUAACUGACAAAAAAAGAGGUUGUUGUCAAACUGCUUUUUAGACGCUUUUCAAUAAAUCAUUUGAAUUUCUCA